AUGGCUCCAACGCACGUAAUCUAGUAAGUUUUCUCUCAGACUUGACACCUCGAUCAAGUACAACAUAACUCUUUAGGUGUUCUUUGAGGUUUUCUGCGAAAAUUGCUUUUGCGAGAUAUUUUUUGAUAAAAAAUAGGAAUGGUAAACAUGUUUAGGGUAAUAAUAUAAAUGGUUUGAGGCGACCACGAGGAAAAAUUAUGGUUUUCUCUAUUUUUUUUAAUUUCAGUGAGUUCGAUCUAAAUACAGUUGAAAAACUAUUUCUGGGUAAGCCAUGGUGGUGCCCACUGUCAGAGCGGAGACUAAUCGACAAACUAUCGCAGUUUCAGCCCUUUGGUAAGGCUUGUUUUAUUAUUUUUUAAAUAUUUUAGGCCUGUCUAGUAUGAUAUUCGAGUAAUCGCUCCUAACUCGCAGAAAGUAUAGUAUUUAUCGCCGUUUUACUGCUUGAUAUAAAUCUCACGACAUUUUUAGGUGUUAAAAAACAUUUGGAGCUGCUAAAUCUUGUCCAUGCAAUGCAUUAUGUUGCUGAAGAUGAGGAGAAUGUAAAUUUCGAAGAGCUAAUAAGUAAAGAAGAUUAUCAGCUAUAUCUGAAGCGACAGAAAGAAGGGGCUCGUGAUGAUGUUGUGGUCUUCAAUCCUAAAUACAAGUUCCGACCGAAUGGCGAAGAGGUUAGUCUGUUUUAUUUGAUUUUAUAUUCUUAGGGUGCGACUGCCGACGGAUUUUGAAUUUGCGGACGAAUUUCAUGAGAACAUGAAAGGAAUGAUGGAGUUUUUUUUUUGUAAAUUACACAUCGGAAGGUGUCCAAAACGCUGCUGACAUUUUCAUUAUGACUAAGCGAUUCCUCGUCCUAGUCCUUUCAUUUCGAUUAUUCCUCCAUCUGAUUUUGAUUUCUUUAGAUCCUCGAGAAAGUCAAUGAAUUUUUUGAUCUCGACGCGAUGGAUAAAGAAGACCGACAAGUCCGCCAGUUUCCCGAAGAAUCCUACGAACUCCCGCCCCACAUCGAGUCUCUCUACGAGCAAUACACGGAGGGCUCGGAGCCGCCACAAUAA